AUGUUUUAUGUAACUAUAAUCACACUCCAUUUAAUCGUUAUAAUUGUGUUCUUUACAGAAGAGUCUACAGCUGUAGAGAAAAAGAGGAAGCCUCUUACAAGACUGAAUAUUCAUUCUGCAUUCUGGAUUUUGGCAUCAAUUUCUGUGACAUACUACUUUGAUUUUUUAAAAACUGUUAAAGAAACUAUUCAAGCAGAUAACUGGUGGUUUGUCUCUGGCUGUUGUUUACUGGCUGCCUGUUUAUCUGUUGCCUUUUACUGCAUCCUGUACCUGGAGUGGUAUUGUGGAAUUGAGGACUACGACGCACAGUACCCAGCACUGAUUCCUAUCACAACAGCUACCUUCAUUGCAGCGGCUGCUUGUUUCAACAUUGCCUUGUGGCCUGUCUGGUCAUUUAUGACACCUUUGUUGCUCUUCAUUCAAUUUAUGGGUGUUGUGAUGCUUGUGUCGCUUCUGGGAUAA